AAAUAAAUGAGAUGAAUAACAUAUGCUGAAUUGUGAUACUCGAUACACAUCGUAGUGUCAUAAAUGCAUUCAACACUGGUCAUAUUAAGAAUUUACACAAAAAAUCCGUUGUUUUAUUUGUAUUUUGAGAACAGGGAAAAAACGAUGGUCAAAGGUAAGUUUUUUUGCGAUUAUUUUUAUAGAUUUCCAGCGCAGUAAUAAGUUCGCGGGGAAAAUAUCGACCCAAUAACUGUGUGAAACUCAUUGACUGCGGUUGCCAUAGCUUCGAUAAAUAAACAGUAUAUUUUAUGUGCCUUGCUAAAUGGGCUAGUAGUGUAUUUUUGUUAUGAAUCAGAAAGUGUUUUGUCUUGUUUUGUUUUUUAUCUGGAAAAUUGUUUUUUCCCUUUGUCGCAAACGAUGAAUAAGGCAAACAAGAAAAAUAAAAGAUUGUGUGAAACACUAAAACUUCUGAAUGGAAUCAAAGUUGGUCAAGAAGUGGAAAAGGAAAGGCAUGUCAAAGUAAAGCAAAAGUCAAAGAAGAAUUCACAGAAUACAUUUUCAAUGAUUAACUUCUAUCAAAGCAUUCCAAAAUACGAUGAAAUUCGUCAUUUGCCGGAGUAUGAUUUCUCGGAACGUGUUGAUUUAUUGAAGAAAAUUCAUUGUGACUUGAGCGAGACUCUUUUGUGUAGGCCAGUUUGUAAGAGGCCCGUUUCACAGUCCACGUCUCGUUGCAGCAAACGAAAAACUAGCGCCAAGAAGAAGAAAUGUUCGGCCAAUCGAAAGAGCAAUUUAACUCCAAGCUUGUGCAAUAGUUUCAGCAAGGCGAGUUUACUCGAAUUAAAUGAGCUAGAGAGUGGUAGCAAAAAAAAAAGUCCUGUUGACCGAAUACCAAGUGCAAAUUCACUGAACAUGUCAACACCACCGCACAUAAAACGCUUGCAGACCCUUCGAGAGAGAUUAUUAGCUGGAGACGAUGAUUGGAAUUAUGAAUCAAAACUCCCAACGCCAACAAUGUUAUCACCGAUGUGUUCACCGAAUCUUUACUUCCGCAAACCACAUGAAGUGCAACCAAGAUACCUCCAUAAGGAAUUGCAUUUCCACGAUUUUGAUCCAUAUCCAUGUGAUCAUUUUCACAAUGCGCAGCCAAUCAUUCACAUCCAAGAAGUUCACUCACCAACACAAAAUCCAAAUUACAUACACAGUCCACCGAAACAAAUGAUAGGAUUUGCGAGCGAAUUCAAAUCCGUUUGCAAAACACCAACUUGUGAAGAAAAGCUGUUAACAGCAAAGAAAAAAGUGCGUCGUGCGAAGUCAUGUCCAAAUGAUUGGUUCAGUCCAUCGUCCAUGGACAAUGGAAAAAGGCAAAAUGAAUGCGUUGAAAUGGAUUACUCUCAAGAAUAUACACCAUGGUAUUCCAACGAAUCGAAUGCUUCACCAACGAUAAUAUCUCGACAGCAAAAUGCCUACGCAAAAUCGGACGGCAAAAUUAAGUCCAAGCCAAAAUCGAAAACAUCAAACUCAAUGGACGAAUUUCUAUCGUCGAAACUUGUUCGUUGCAAUUUGGCAGCGAGCCUGCGUCACAAGAAUUCACGUAAAAAAAUUAACGAAUUUGCUGAAGAAAAAUUAAAAGAGAGCAUGGAUGUAUCGAAAUUCAUACCAAAAUGUCAUCAUUGGAAUGUGCGCGACACACCAGCAUGGAAAACUUUUACCUCGGAAGACACCACGGUGGGUAAACGGAUGCGAGAAGAAGCUCGACGUGAGGAGCAAAAAGUUCGAAAACAUACGCAUGCGAUGACAAUGAAUAUAAUGCGGGCACGAGUCAAAUCUGCUCAACUGUUACUCGAAGGCAGGUCACUAUCUGCAAAAUAAUGAACAUUUCUUUUUUCACACACUUUCAAUUGAUUUUAGAAAAAUCUUAUGCAUUUCAUUGCUUCAUAGCACCAAAAUUCAAACGAAUUCCAUUGAUUAUUUUUUAGUACAUUGAAUCUAUUCGAAUAUCAUUUUAUGAAUUGUUUCUUUGAAUUGUUUUCAAAUAUAAAAAAAUCGAUAGCGAUGCUGUAUGACAAUGAUUGAUUACAUUUGAAUAUCUCUUCUGAUAUGGAAUAAAGGUAUUGUUUAUGAUCCAAAUA